AAAACUGACUGGAAAUGACCGAGAAAGGUGAACCUGCAAAGGAUAAGAAACCUCUGCCACCGAUAUUCACCUUUAUAAAUGCUGGACUUUCCGGAAUGGCUGCAACCUGCGUAGUUCAUCCUAUGGAUGUGGUGAAGAAUCGAAUGCAAAUACAGACGGGAAAAACCUCGAUCGGUUCCAUAAUUAGUUCAGUAAUUCGAAACGAAGGAUUUUUUAAAUUAUAUACCGGACUCAGUGCAGGUCUCGUACGACAGGCAACGUACACGACCGUCAGGCUUGGUAUUUAUAAUCAAAUGCAGGAAUACUGGAAACAAAGAUAUCCUGGAAAACCAAAUUUCGGGGUAUUGUCGCUUAUGGCAGGUACAGCAGGGGCUUUAGGGGCCUUCGUUGGCACACCGGCGGAUGUUGCCCUUGUAAGAAUGACGGCUGAUGGGAGAUUACCAAAAGAUCAAAGGAGAAAUUACAAAAACGUGUUCCAUGCUUUCGCGAAAAUAGCUAAAGAUGAAGGCAUUACCAACCUUUGGAGGGGCAGUGUGGCGACAAUGGGGCGAGCAGUAGUCGUUAACGUAUCGCAGCUAGCAACUUAUAGUGAAAUCAAGUUUCUAUUCAUUUAUUGCGUAGCAAACAUGAAGGAAGGCAUAGGGUUACAUUUUUGGGCGUCCUUGUUAUCGGGAUUAAUCACUACUUUUAAUUCGAUGCCAUUUGAUAUAACUAAAACGAGGAUACAAAACAUGAAAAGCACUUCUAAACCGCCUGGUAUGGUGUCAAUGAUGUCGUCGAUAGUGAAAACCGAAGGUCUAACAGCAUUGUGGAAAGGUUUCUUGCCCACAUACUGCAGAGUAGGCCCACAUACAAUUUUAGUGUUCAUAGUAAACGAACAAAUCGGGAAUCUAUUUAGACGAUACGUUUAGUAGUUGAAUACUAAGAUAGA